AUGAAGUCUGCGCUUCUACUGGCAACCCUCGCAAUUCCCGCGGUGGGUCGCCUGAAUCUUCAGAAGAGAGACAUCCCAGCUGCGGUGGGCUUGGAUAUCCAGCGCAAAAAUGUCCUGGACCCCGCGGCCCGGGAUCGAUUGAGGAAACGAGCCAAGACAGUCAGCCAAGAUCUGGAUAACGAGGUUUGCAUUGAAUAUAGAACAUGGAUGAAAUUGGACCUGGUGACUGACGAUCUCCAGGAAACUCUUUACUUCAGCAAUGUCACGCUGGGGACGCCAAAGCAAACCCUGCGGCUGGUUCUCGAUACUGGAAGUAGCGAUCUGUGGUGUAAUGCACCCAAUUCGUCGCUUUGUACUUCUAACGACGAUCCUUGCAGCUCGUCCGGCACUUAUGACUCCAGCGCCUCUUCGACGUAUUCUUUUGUCUCGUCCGAUUUUAAUAUCAGCUAUGCGGACGGCUCCGGUGCGGUCGGCAAUUAUGUCACAGACACUCUCCGCAUCGGCGAUGCCACCAUUAAGGACUUUCAGUUUGGGGUGGGCUACUCAUCGGGCUCUUCGGAGGGCGUGUUGGGUAUUGGGUAUCCUUCCAACGAGGUCCAAGUCAGUCGGAGUGGAGAUAAGACGUACGCCAAUCUGCCCAAGGCUAUGGUCGAGAAAGGCUUGAUCAAGUCCAACGCCUACAGCCUCUGGCUCAACGACCUGGAUGCCAGCACAGGCUCGAUCCUAUUCGGUGGGGUCAACACCAAGAAAUAUCACGGCUCACUCGAGACCUUGCCGAUCCAAAAAGUCCAUGGGCUCUACUCCCAGUUCAUCAUUGCCUUGACGGCGGUCACACUGACCACCACAUCGACCGAGCAUAACUAUUCAUCCAAGGCCCUGCCCGCGGGGGUACUUCUGGACUCGGGAAGUUCCCUCACCUAUCUGCCGGACACCGUGGUCAAAGACAUUUACGAUGACCUGGAUGUCGACUAUGACUCGUCCAGUGGAGUCGGGUACGUUCCCUGUAGUUUGGCCGAGAAGGAUGUCAAAGUCUCCUAUACUUUUUCGUCGCCGACGAUCACGGUGGGAGCCAACGAACUAGUCCUCGAUGUGGGAGACCUGUAUUUCCGCAACGGGGACCGAGCCUGUGUUUUUGGCAUUGUCCCUGCCGGGAACAGCAUGGCCGUCCUGGGGGAUACCUUUCUGCGCAGUGCCUAUGUGGUCUACGAUCUCGCCAACAACGAGAUCUCCUUGGCGAACACCAACUUCAACUCAACCGACGACGAAGUCUUGGAAAUUGGAACUGGCGACGACUCUGUGCCCAGCGCCACCGCGGUUCCCAACCCCGUAACGACAGUGGCUGUAGCAGGCACGGGGGCUCGUAUUGGGGGUCCCCAGGGGGGAUCAGGCCUCUUCACCUCGAUCCCAGCGUCGGGCAACAUGGCUGCCCGGCCGACAAGCAUGCCGAAGCACCUUGCGCUUGGUAUUGCCGGUGCGGGUUAUCUGCUGGCGCUUUAA